GCCACCUCCUCGCUAAGCCCCCCGUACUUCCUCAAUUCCUCUCGCUCCCCUCCCAAUCCUCACUCCGAGGGUCUUUUUGUGCCAAGACGAGACUCAUCCAACUGAGCAGGGCGGCGUGCGUGCGCGCUCCAACCCGCCCCUAUCGAGUGGUGGAGGCGCAUGCAUGUGUGCAAACAGCCUCAGCACCCUCCCCUAUAAUUUCGGCACUUGGGGUUGCACUAUCGCAGUCACGGGGCUAAGCUGCUGGCACAUGGAUGCUCGAUACGACGAGAACGCACACGAGCAGUAGAGCGAGAGAGAGAGAGGAAAGUUGCUGGACGGACUGACUGCGCCGGACAGAGAGAUAGGACACACACACCACACACACCACUCGCUCUCACACGCCCAGCCGGGACGAGAAGUCCAGCAGCGCACGUGUUCAACAAACUUCUCCCCACGCGUCCAGACAGCCCAAGGCGUGCUCGAAGACAUCAGCAGCAGCAGCAGCAACAGCAGCAACAACAUGACAAUACACACUGCUAUGGUGACCCAUGUCCUGCUUGUGCUGGUGAUGGCUGUACUAGCGGGGUCUGCUGUUCACAGAGAGAAACGCGAGCCGCUGACGCUCCGGAUCCACUCGGGAGGAGACGGAGUCACCUUCAACUUCCACCCGGGCUCUACGGGGGGAGACGCGGUGGACGAGGUGGAGGAGGUGGCUCCCCCACCCAGACGGCGUCAGAACCACGGCCCCGUGCUGCAGGGCGCCGCGGGGAACCCGGCGGCUCACGGCCGCGCCGCGGCCUCCUUCCUGCACCGCCAGGGGGCAUCGCAGCUCGGUGCAGGCCCUCGCACAAUUCACGUGCUGGCGAUCCGCUCUCAGGGCCGGGCGGGCUCGGCUGCCCAACGGCCACACCACCUGAGCAUAGACGAGCGAGUGUCGAUGAUGAAGGACGUGCGGGUGGAGAUGCUGAGCCCCGUGUCGGUGCUCAUCACGUGGCGGGAUCCUCUGUACAGCGCCGAGCACGAGCAGGGCAGCACGCAGCGGUACUACACGGUGCGCUACCGGGAGCAGGUGCCCACCGCCAUGUGGGCCUACCGCACCGUGAGCCGGCCUCACCUCGUGCUGGGGAACCUGCGACCGCGCGCCGAGUACGAGUACGCGGUGCGCGUGUCGGAAGGCCGAGUUGACGGAGACUGGUGUGGUCCAUCAAAGCAAAAGCAGCAGCAGCAGCACCAACACGUUGCGAGGCCACUGAACGCUGACCCGUCCUCCGUCAUAGGGCCUCGCUCGGCCUCUGCUAAGGCACCCAAGGCGCUGAGCAAUUCCAUCCGUCGGAAGUCGCCCGGAAAGAAUGGAAAAAACGGGAAGUCGGAGCUGGGUCCACGGACGGACAAGAAGGAGAGGCCUUCUCCCAAAGCGCAGAGCGCCAUCCCCGACAAAAAGUCUCACUUCGCCGAAAACAAUCUCAUCGGGAAAUGGAUGAUCGACCCAAACACCAAAGUUCUGUUCACGCCAGAUGGCAACAUGGUUUAUGAUCAGCACGGAAAACCAGUGAAGCUGUGCAUUGGACACGAUGGAAGCUCAGUGGCAGAUGUGAAUGGGCAGGCUAUCCUCGGACACAAUGGCUCUCUGCUGUACGGCUACGGGCCGAGCGGCAAGCCGCUGGUGGACACAACGUCCAGCCCGAUUCUGACCACGGCCGCCAGGAUCCUCCCCAGAGCCCGUGCCCCCAAACCCACGAGCAGGCCGAGAAGACCCGCAGCCACCACAACUACAGCCGAACCCACCACGACGACCACAACGGUACCCACGAGCACCACCUCAACCCAACCGACCACCGCAGUGCAUGAGGCCACCGCGGCCGCGAGCGAAUCGUCGUCCGUCGCGGCUGAACCGACCACCGCAGUGCAUGACCUCGCCACCGUAAUCACCCGGGCAGCCACCGUCACAAAGGGAAGGUCCACAGCAGUGCAUGAGACCACCACGGCCGCGACUGAGCCUACGGCGGAACAGACCUCCGCAGUGCAUGAACCUUCCACUAGAACCCCGAGACGGACCUCCGUUACAGAGGGACAGGCAAGCACGGUGCAUGAACAAACCACAGUCGCAGACAAACUCACCACACGUCCGACCGAGCCUACAACAACUACCGCAGCAGCACCCACCCACGUAGUCACCGUGGCCACGACCGCCGCCACUACCACAACCACCACGGCCACCACGACCACCACCACAACCAUGCCUACCACCACCACCACAACCAUGCCUACCACCACCUCCACAUCUAUACCCACCACCACUGCAUCCACUGCCACCGCAAGCACAAGUGUUGCAACCACCACUGUCCCAACGACCACGCAGCCCGCCACAACCACAACGGAAGCGGCGGCGACCACCGCUACCACGGCCACCAGCACAACCACAGCAGCCACCACCACCACCGCCGCCGCCGCCGUCACCACAACCACCACCGCCGCCACCACCACCACCAAGAAGACCGUGGCAACGACGGUGAAACCGCAAGCGGUGACCACCGUGCACAGCACCCUGGCGCCCCGCACCAAGAAGCAACCCACUGCCAAGCCCACCCCGAGGCCCAUCAGCCGCACGCAAGCCAGACUCAACCCGAGCCAGACCUUCCAAGCUAACCUGACGUCCUCAUCACCCUGGGAGCUCGGCACGCUGAGCUCCACUCCCUUCACCGAGUUUGACAUCGCCGGCAAGAAGCGCUUCACCGCGCCGCACGUCAAGUUUAUCAACAAGGAGCCGAGCGUGCCGUGCUCCAUCACGGAGACGAUCGAGCGCCUGCGUGGGGAGGGAGAGAGCUGGUCGGGCGUGGGUCACUCCUUCAACGACUCGCUCAACGUGACGGUGGUCGCCAUCGAGGGCUGCCACUCCUUCAUCGUCCUCGACUGGGACAAGCCCAACAACGACAGCGGCAACAUCACCGGAUACGUGGUGAGCAGCGCCACGACGGAAGGAGCCAAGAUGAACAAGUGGCUACAGGCGAACGUGAGCAACGACACGAUCUUCCCCGUGGAGAACCUGCAGCCCAACACCAAGUAUGUGUUUAAAGUGCAGGCAAAGAAUGAAGACACACUCGGGCCUCCGUCUGACACUGUUUCUUUCACUACAGAGUCUGAAAACUCGGUGAUAUUUGAUCGGUCAUCUGGCACGGAGCCGAUCUGGACACAGUUUCCCUUCCGCUACGACGACUCGCACACCGAGUGCCGGGGCAAGCAGUUCGUCAAGCGCACGUGGUACCGCAAGUUCGUGGGCGUCGUUCUAUGCAACUCUCUCCGCUACAAGAUCUUCAUCAGCAACUCUCUGGGAGGUCUGUUUUACAAUGUCGGUGAUGGAUAUGGACACGCGGAAGACCACUGCGAGUUUGUCGAUUCAUUCCUGGAUGGGCGGACAGGACCUCGGCUGGAUGAAAACCAACUGCCCAUCACACAAGGUUUCUACCGGCGGUACCGUCAGGAACCGCUGAACUUUGGCUCGAUCGGCGGCGGCGUUUACCAGCACGGGGGCAGCGGCAAUUACUACGUAGCCUGGUACGAGUGCGGGGUGCCCAUCCCCGGCGUCUGGUGGUAAAAGGGCGGGCAGCCAACGCCUCCGCUGGGCCGCCUCUCUUCCCACCGUUGUACCGCCCGGGUGCCGAGCUGGAGGAACGCCGCGAUCGCCGUCGACGGAUUGACGUCGGAACCCCCCCCCCCCCACUCGCGUCGCUGGAGGAGUGUGCGCGCGAGUGUCAACGUGCCACCUUGCCGAACGCGAGCAGUCGAGACGGUCGAGGGCAAAGCGGCGUCAGCCGGGGGGCUGGAAGGAAAUUGGCUGUUCGGCGCUUUCCUUUCACAGUUUAGUUUUGUGCCCCCCUCCACCUCCACCCCCCUCUUUAAGCUCGGUAAAUUGUCUUCUCUGGUUGCACGUGUGGCUCUGUUCCUCGUGCCUCGGCUCUUUUGGGGGCAGUAGACGCCAGAUGCUGCGCGUGUCUCGUCUCACGGCGCAUUGGCAGCUUUGCGGCGCAACAAAUAGAAGAGUGCCAUUCACUGCAGUUCACCCGAAGGGUUGGUGACUGAUCUAUUCACAACUGCUUUUUGACUGGCGAUCCGCAUUCUAAUAUUGGUAAAAAGGAAUGCCGUUUUAAACUAUAUAAAUAUAAUAUGUCCAUGAGACUACGGUGUCACUAAGACUGAUGUAACGAUAAUAAUGCAAAAAACGAAAAAGUAAGAAGUGAUAAUCAACUAAGAAUAAUAAAUACAAGCUCUUUAGCCACGUGUCAAUGUCAAUGGUGCUAGUGUUACUACUUUCAUUGGUUUCCAUCAUUGUACUGUAACCAUCACACCAUGCCAUGUCCGUUGCUAUGUUUGUCCAACUCUUAGUUUGUCUACCCAGCAUUCAUAAUUAGCUUGCCAAAAUAAUGUUUUUUUAAAGUAGCACAACUGGCCAAGUAUUGAGUGUGUAACUGUUACAUUUUUUGUCAGACUGUUAACAUAAUAGGCCUGGGCUGUACAUGUAUAAACUGGGUAGGUUCUGUGAGCAAAGUCUAGUGUCAACAAAUAACAAACGUUGGUUCUCUUGCAUAUUCGUUCCACCGAUGACAAAUAUUUGGUGAACAAUUAUAACAGCAAAAAAGUACGGGUCACAAAUAUCGAUGAGUGGAAUUGAUAUGCCCAAGUCUUGGUUCCUUAGAGGGAAAACAUUUGAGAGAGGGAGGGGGGGGGGCGAAUAGACAUUCCCUCCCUGGUGUUUACAACAGGAACCUCUCUGCUCAUAAAACGGAUUCAUUCUUCAAAAGGAAGUGAUAAACGGUCACUCCACCGGCUCUUUACUGUCCCAGAUGUUCGCUUGAGCCAAAAAAUUGUUGGGCAGAAUCACUCACUUCAAACAGAUGUGGGAUAAAAAGAGAGACGCGUCCCCUCUGGCUGCGCAUGGCAUCAUCACUGGCUGAAUGUGGUCUGCGAUGAGCCUUGAUGAUAUAUAACAAAAACCCCAUGCAGUGGCUAUCCCCAGAUAUUUACGAUUGACAGAGAAAUUAGCGCAAAGUUGUAAAAGGUUCUGAUGGUGCUGCAGGUUUUACUACUUUAAAUACGAAGCUUGUGGAAGUGUACCGUUGAGAGGAUCGUUCCAUGGCCUCCCUUCUCAUAUCUAAUGCAAGUAAAAACAAACACCACAACGUGAUGCAAGCAGUAGUGUACGAUAGCUGAUACUAACAACAAUUGCCAGCUCUGCUUACAUUCAGCUAGACACAGCUCGACUCAAUGAUCAUAGAACACAAUAUAACUGCAUUAAUCGGACUCUUAGCACGACAAAAAGGGCAAAGAUCAUCCCGCAUAGCUCUUAACAGACUGUUGGGGACAAGUGCUAUGAGCGAGCACCUAUGAAGGCUGGAAUGGCACACAAUGGGGGCGGGUAGACAACGCCAUGCCCGACCACCUUUGUCUCCCCAGUGCUGAUGUGUACACACAGCACCAGGUACGCGCUCACACACACCCCCACAUUAUUCACAUGGGCCAUUUCGAAGCAACGGAAUUACAGGAUUGACGCGGGCGAAUUUUGACACGGGGAAUGUAAUGGGCUCCUAUUGUGUAUCAGACCGGCAUUGCCAUGUAAGAAAAUGUUGAAAGCUUGAAUUGAGUAAGUCUCAGCAAAUAAGACUGAGCGUUUGUUAUCGCGUACUGUUGAGAUGUCAGGGGUUGUACUUCCAUUACCGUAGGCUGAAAAGAGUACAGCGCAGAAGAUUAACAGACUCGACGCAAUUGUCAAGCAUUAGACCCAAAAGGAUCCUAUCCUUAGAAAGUGUUUUUUUGUUAAAUAUAUGCGAAAUCAAAGAUUAAUCGUUUGAAAAUAGGAAGGGUAGGGUGUUUAAACAAGACUCGCAGCCUUAGAUUCACUUCUGAUUGGAUUUGCAUUUAAACUUAUCAGUAACUUGAUCGUAGGAAGCCGCUCGUCUUGCUCUUUGAAGCAUUUAAAUUCAGUUUUUGUUUUGUUUUACUUAUUACAUUGUACAGAGUAUGUGCCGGCUUGAAUGUAAUCUUAAUGUAGUUUAUUUUGUAUCAGAUUAUAAUUUUGUAAAACACGUGUUGCUCUCCCAGCUUUGUGUCAUGGUUGUUUUGAAGGAGAAGUGUUGAUAGUAUGAAAAGCUAUAACAAAUAUAAAUAACAACAUGUGUUGUUUAUCAAAUAUUUUUCCUUUUUUUGUGCACACAAUUUCGUAUGUAACAAUGAAUAAAUAAAACAUUCUCCACGUAGGAACAUUUAAUAUUGGAUUUAUAAUAGGAUAAUUGGGAAAUGCCUAACGUGUUUUUCUACACAAAGAUAUAAAAAAAACGUUAAGCGAAGCAAUUGAAUCUUCUAAUCAAGUUUGUGCCAAUUGGCAGGUUUUCGCGGGCAAAAUGAGCAUCUUGAUUCAGUAUGUAUGGUCUGAUCCUGGGAAUAUGCCACGUUGGUUUGAAAUGUAUACACAUUGUUCAACAUUGAUUAGUAUAAUGUUCGUAUGAAAACUCUCUGCGUAGUGCGUUACACCAAGCAGGAGUUUGUGUGCCCAAAGAGUAUUUUAACUUUCUCUCUCUCCCAUGAUGAGUGCGUGUUACAAUUGUGUAUAAGUGUACAAUAUGUUCCGCGAAACGUUCAAUAUCACUUACAUUUAAAUUCGUGCCGGAUCACGAUUACAAAGUGUCGCGUGUGCAAGAGCAUCACGUAACAGAUAUCAAUGCACACAUUAAGAGUGUGGACGCCUGACACUUACAUUUGUACCGCAUACUUAAGUAGAUUUCCAUACAAAAAAGCUGUCUUUUGUUUUAAGUGAAACUUUUUUUUGUCUUCUAUUCGAACAAUUUUAUAUUGACUAAGAUAGUAUAAAUGGUCAAGAGGAUAUUAUAUAUUUUAAAAGGAUGGGUCUUUAAGCCGUACCUUAUCGCUCUAAUAAAGGAAAUAUAUUUUCUGCUCUUGCAUACAGAUGUUGCAUGACUAUACAUCUUUUGCCUGAUUAUAGAAAAAUGUCUAUAUUAAUAAAUUAUUAUUGUACAUGG